GAGGCAUCUCUGUCUUCCCCCCUUGAGCCGCCGCACUGUUCAUCUUCCUCCUCCCCCAGCAGGCACCCCUGUUCUUCUUCUUCUCAAGAACUCAAAUAGAUAGCCAAGGCUCCUUCAUCACCAACCAAUAGCCAAGGCAAGUUCUCCAUGGCUCCAGCAGCUGCCCAACCCCUCUCCAUGUGCCACACAGCCCAAUCAGCAGUUCUUCUUCAUCUCUUCUCCUUGAGAAGCUGAGAAGAGAAAGAAGAACAUUGUUGGGCACCAUGGACAGAGAAGGAGAAACAACCAACUGGUGGGGAGUGGGCAGCAGCACCUAAGAGGAAGGAAUUCAUGGGAUUCAACAUCAUCUGCAAGCAAGAUUUGGUUUGCAGGAGCGGAGCUCAUGGGGGUUCAGCACCAUCUGUGUAAGUCCUCUGACCAGACUCUGAAGAUGGAUUUGCGAUGGUUUUUUUGUUGCUGCUGCCUUGCAUCUGUUUGUUGGGGGUUUUGCUCCUUGCAUUCUCUUCGUUUUCCCUUGCCGCAGAGCCACGGAAACCACACCAGCAAAUUCUUUCGUAUCCUCUCUGCUCAUACUAAAGCCACCGCCGAUCCGAACCCACCGAAUUCCCCUCCCCCGCUUUCGCCCGCACAUCUGCCCUCGCUCCGCGCCCCGAAAUCCCCCGCCCCCUCCCGCUCUUCCCCCGAUCCAUUCUCUCCCCUCCUCCCACCCGGCCGACGCCAUGGCCUCGACGGGAUCCCCGCCGCCGCCCUGCUCUCGGGGAGACCCCCACCUCCGCCCUGCCGUCCAGGCGAUCCCCACCGCGGCCAUGCCCGCGAGGAGGCCCACAUCGCCGCCCUGCCCGCCAGGAGACCCCUACCGUCGCGCUGCUCUGCAGGCGUUCCCCACCACCGCCCUGCUCUACAGGAGUUCCCCGCCGCCGCCCAGGGAGAUCCCGGCGGCAGCCCUCCCCUCCGGCAAGACGCGGUUCUCGCCCGAGAUUUAUGUGGAGAAAGAGGGCUACUACCUCUUGGAAGAUGCGGAGGGCUAUUUUUUCCGCGAGUCAGAUGGUUGCUACUACUUCUUCCAGUGUUUCAAAGGGGAGGGCUACUAUUAUCAUAGCGAAGAAAGCGAGUACUUUCACGCCGGAGAGAGCUUAUACGUCCAGGAGUAUGGGCUGGAGACCCUUGAUGCUCAUUUACAGAGACUCGCCCUUGAUGGCGACUACGGCGGCGAGGUGGGCGAGGGCCUCCAUCACCAUGGCGACUUUGACAAGCUGGGCCUCCAUCACCAUGGCGACUUUGACAAGCUGGGCCUCCAUCACCAUGGCGACUUUGACAAGCUGGGCCUCCAUCACCAUGGCGACUUCGACAAGCUGGGCCUCGACGGCGACUUCGACAAGCUGGGCCUUCGCUUGCACAUGCAGGAUGACUACGGCCUGCAGACUCUUGACACUGAGUUACAGAGACUGGCCCUUGAUGCCGACAACAGCGGCAAGGUGGGUGAGGCCCUGGGCAGUUGUGGUAAGGUGUCUGGCAAGGUGGCCCAGGGCCUCCACGGGAACUUCGACAAGCCGGGCCUUCACAGGGACUUUGACAAGCUGGGCCUUCGCUUCCACAAGCAGGGCCAGGGCCUCCACGGAGACAUCGACAACCUGGGCCUCCGCUUCCACAAGCAGGGCCAGGACCUGGAGGAGCACUGCAAGGGGGUCCAGGUCCCGGAUGGUCACUGCAAGGGGGGCCAGGUGCUGGACGACGACUUCGUUGAUGGCGACUCUCCUUGUUUGAAGGCUCUUGAGGCUUCAGGAGUCUCUGGGCGUCGUUUGUUUGCUCGGCGUGUCUAGUUCCUGAAAUCAUCUUGAAAUGUUUGUUGUUGAAACUUCUGUGCGGUAGUCUGUAGACCGAACGUGGCAAGCUACUGUUGUAGCAAUCUAGCAAUCUGAUUUGGAUUUUAUAGCUGUAUCCUCAUUCUACUUCCUACCAAGUGGUAUUAAGAUCUUAGCAGCCGAGACCAAUCUGCACAGAGUAAUGCCUUGUUGUGAUUGUAUAAGAAUUGUCGAAGUUAAAGAAACUCUUUAAUUGCAAUGA